AUGGCCAUCAGAUGCCGUUCCCACACUUUAAAACAAGGGGAACCGUAUCUGAUGGACGCAGGGGGAACCGUAUCUGAUGGGGAAACGCGGAUUGACGUAACACCGGAUUCUCCUAUCAACAGCCCAGCUGCCAAGAAAUCCUKCGGCGAUGAGUAUCAAMCCUCUCUACACGCCAUCUUAAAAGCGGUGAACGACAGAGCGGACAAGCCCGCUCAGUGUGGACUGGACCUGAGACACGUCACCGUUAUUGAGCUGGUCGGGACUUAUCCAGCUCAAGUUGGCCGAAUCCGCCACAGGCUUCUCUCGCCCGGACUGGCCCUGCAGAUCAGGAUACUGCUCCGGAUCCCUCAGAGGUCGUUCCAAAUGGUGCUGGUGGACAAGCAGGGCACAGACAGACAGCGCUACCCGUUCCCCAUCACGGCAGCUGAGCUAUUCACCACCAUCGACACGUUCUCGCUCCGCAAGGACGAGAUGCUGCUGCAGCAGGAGGCGGGCCAGUUCUGUCAGUCGUAAAAAACAGGAGCCUCCCUUCGUGGAGCGUUGUUUUUAUUUUGUUGCUCCACAGACACACGCAGCUCAGAUCUUCGUGUUUUAUGCCACACACUCCUCUUUGAAGUCCUCCUGUUCUGUAUCCAGUGUGUGUUUAUGUGUGUUUCUGCGUGUGAUCAAAGAUAUCUGGCAUGUUGCUGAUCUGAAGCUGGUCUGUGCAGAUCACACGGUGCUUUGCAGUCACAUCGAGGGCCGUCACUGUGUGCUUUAUUUUAUUUUUUAUACAUUUUUUCAGAGCAGAAAUAUGAUUUACUAUUUUGUAAAAAAAAAAAAAAGGAAAUUUGGGAAAAUUUCUAUUCUUUCUAAUAUUUAUAUCUUACAUCUGACUUUGCGAUGUACUUUGAAUUCAUAAAACCAAUAAAAAGUGAGUAAUGCGGAG